CGCAGGUCAGACUUGCAGUCCAUAGACCGUUUCGUCAAGGAAAGAAAAGCCCCGGAUCAAUUUGGGUCGGCCAGAAAGUGUCGAACAUGUCCGGAAAAGAAAAAGAGUAUGUCGACGUAACAAAGCAGGUCCAAGAAAAUGGUGGAUUUGUCGAUACUACGACAGGUCGAAAACUGAUGUUGAAGGAGGAAGACGCUCGGGUGGAGAGUAAUCGGGCGCAUCAGAAAGAGGGAACACCACCCCUGGUAUAUUCCAACAUAGCAAUAGGUGCCUUACCGCCCCGGCCAUUGGCUGAAGACAUUUCCGCCAACAUCCGUUCCCUCCAAAUUGGCGACCUCACAGAGACGAUCUCCGUGCCGAUGAUUCUUAGCACCGAAAAGCGGUCCUUUAAAGACGUCUUGAAAGGUCGUUCCGGGUCGGUAUCGCAAACUGUCAUGGUGCGAAAGAUGACUCGAGACCACUAUCUGAAACACUAUGCGAAAGAUUCGGAAGGGAAUUACAUCGGCACGGAAAGGGCAGCGGUAGAUGCGGGACUGGUCUUUGUGCCGUCCAAGAGUACUCCGGAAGAAAUUCUGCAGCAGGUACAAAAGGUGGCAUCAGGCAAGCAGCAUUAUAUUGGGGAUUAUGGGACUGCUUGGUCGGGGGUCUCUAGUAGUGCAAUGUAAGAUGCUGUUUCUGCGUUGAGUACACGUUCCGAUUCAAAAUGAAACAUCUCCUCUUACCUAUGGUCUUAUUAGAUGAGCACUUGCCCCUUAGCCUAAUGUAUUACAGAAGAUUCCAUAGU